AUGAAAAACAAAGUCUACUUGUUGCUGGACGAGAAAUUAUUUAAACUGAAGGAGCUAUACUUUUGUCUCAUUUGUUCAAAAAUAAAGAAUGAAUAUAAUCUGAAACAGGAAAUUGAAUACUACUUUUGCAAUGGCUGUACCCAAAUAUACACAAAAAGCGAGUCGGCAAUUUAUUCCUAUGAAUGUUUGCGUUGUUUCAAAUGCCCCUGUUGCUUUAGCUGCUUGACGAUCUCACAUAAAUGGUUGGGUAAACCAGUUAACAAGGUAUGCACACUAGAACCACUGAACAAAGGGGGAAAGGAGGAUAGCUGUUGGGAUAAUAAUAAUGAAGGGACAAAUAGUGACCUGUGUGAAAAGUUAACCCCAAAUGGUGAAAAUCAUGUGCAGGGCGCGUCGAACGGUACAUUUUUGUCAAAUAAUAGGAAAAAAUCAAGCGAUGAGAAAAUUUCUUUCGAAGGGCAUAGCGCAUUAGGUACGGAUGACGAAAAUGACAUACAAGAGGGGAGGAACAAAGUGGGCAGCAAGUUGUACGCCUUUUUAAAAAGGGGGAGGAAUGUGUUUUAUUUCAAGUGCCCCUACUGCUUAUGGUCCUCCAUCACCUCGAUGUAUAAUACCAAGUUAGACGAAUUAAUUGGCGACAUGAUACUAUCAGAAAGGAACUGCGUUUAUAAACGCUAUUUCCAAAUGGUGCUAGACGAGCUGAUAAGAAGCAAUGAACAGUUAAAGGAGAAGAGAAACAUUAAAAGAACAAACCAACAUGCCGCUUUGCAUAAGGUAGGGAAAUUAAAGUCCAUCCACGAGCUGAACAAUUACAUGGAAGCAUUUGGUACUAUGAGGAAGGAUUGCUCAUUGGAGAAGCUAACAGGUGGACCAGCAGAAAGUGCUGAGGUGCAUGAAGAGGCAGAAAGCACGCUCAUAUGUAAGUCUAAAAUGAAGGUGGACAAAAUGAGUCUGAAAGAUAUCCUAAAUGGGAAACAUAUUAAAAAUCGAGAAAUAUGUCGAGACAUUUUUGAGCUCGAAAAUGAACACGUGCAAUAUUUAGAUCCGGUGGAAUAUUUGUCGCAUGGUCAGUUACCGGAGGUAGUGAAGCGCUGCGAAGGAAGGAACGGCCUCGUAGGGGAUGAUCACCCCAGUGGGGGGAACCAAUAUGCGGGCACAGGUGAAGCACUUCCAAAGCAGCAAACAAGGGAAGAGUUAAGAAUACAGACCAAUGGUAACCUCCUCAUUCACGCAAAGAAUGACCUAUCAAUUAGACACAUACAGGAUUACCCGUACAAUUAUUAUAAAGGCAUUAAUGCAUUGCACCCCCUGAGAAUGAAACUAAUAAACAAGAAAUCCAAGCGGUGCAAUACGUGCAAGCAGUACAUAUUGAAGCUUCACAGUUCUAAUGUGUCUUCAUCCUUUCGAUUGGAUAAUAAUGCAAUGAAAUUUAUCCCCACAAUAUAUAUUAAUGACUUUAGAUUAGUGAAGAGAAAAAAUGGAAUUUUAAAUUUCGUUUUAGUAAACCCACUUGACUCAGAAAUGAACAUAAAAGUAGUCCCCGACAUAGAAAAUAAUUUUGUAAAAAAUUUGAAUGGGAGUAAAAUACCGAUCAAUUGCAAAACCAGAGCUGCUUCCUUUGAGUUUACGAUGGACACAUAUGACGAAAUUAUAGAUGAACUGCUAAAUGAAGAAAAAAAUGACAUCAAAGAUGUUUUCACGCGUGAAUAUAUUAUUGUAAAAAAACAGAAUAACAUGGCCUUAAUAAUUAUUAGUUUCUUUUACACAGAUGAGGAGGAUGUUGUUCGUGCCGAAUUAUAUUCAGAAAAAAACAAACCAAGAGAUAGCCCUCAGACGGGGGAUCCAGAUAACGAUUUAUCCGCUGAUCAGGUGAGGAAACUAAAUUUCCCCCUAACUUUGGAGUGUUCAUUUUCAGACAAAUCGAAGAAGGUACACAAAAUAAAGCUAAAUCUUCUCUUCACCAAUAACAUUAGUUUGCGCCCCUUUCGCCAUUAUGCAUUGCGUGACUGCGAUUAG